CCCCAUGUCAACAUACGAAGAGGAACAUAAUAUUCAAGAUAGAGCAAAUCCACGUGCUGACGAUACCACAGCACGCGGUAGACAGCAUGCAACACUUUCCAACAUUAUAGAUACAUUUUUAACCACAAGUGGAUCAGAUACUCCAUCUAAUGCAUAUGCCAUGGAAGCACUUACGUCUGCAUUGCAUCAUUUGAGUGAUGCUGAUGGAUCAAGGCUUGCACAAACUCUUAUGGAAAGUUUACAAGAUAGUGGUGAUAUCGAUGGUAAACGUAGCAAGGGAGUCAGUCAAGAGUAUUUAGACACGCUAGAACGAGUCAAAGUCAGCUCUAUUUCUGAGGACGAUGCAUUUUGUCCUAUUUGUACAAACAAGUUCAAAGAUGACAAGUAUCCCCUUGUGGUAAGGUUACCUUGUGGCCAUGGCGUAAACCACAUAUACGAUCUUGAGUGUGUUGGUCCCUGGCUUCAAAUGAACUCAACGUGUCCUCUAUGCCGAACCAAUGUUCUCGAAGCCGAACAAAACCGACGGAAGAAGAUCGAAGAGGAAAUCAGAAGGGCCAAAGAAGAAGAUUCCGAAGAAGAGGAGGAAGAUUGGGACGUGUAUGGGUAAAUAUUAGAUUUCUAUAUACAAGUAACUAAAUGAGUUUUUUGAAAUCAUCAGAUUUAAGUAAUUCUUGAACCUUGACGGCAAUUGGGUCUUCAAUACCUUCAUAAGCCUUAGGUAAUUCCAAGUCCUUUAAUUGUUUAAGAUCUUCAACAUAGUUCAAAGAUUCACGGGCAGUCAAUUCAACUUUGUAGUCUACGGUAUCUAACUUAUGUCUAUUAAGAUAAGACAACCAUAAAUCAACGACGUCAGGAUUGGCAUCAUAAGCUACUAUUCUUUUUUGGAAAGUUAUUCUAUGGAAAUUUUGUUUAGAUUUAGCAAACACGAAAGGAGCUUUAAUCACGGUAUAUAAUCUUUUUUCAGUUUUCAAACUCUUUAAAUGGGAAGUUGGUAUACCCAAGUAGUAGGCAGCUCUCAUGGCAAACUCACCAGCUCUAAUAAUAUCAGCUUCCUCAUAACUUCUAAAGUUAAUCACAGCAACCUGAUCACCAUGAGUUUGCGGUAAGGUCAAAGGUUUAUAUUUCAAAAGUUCAACAUUUAAAGGAACAGGUCUGCCUUCAGAUUGAAUCACAGUGGAACUUAAGGUUUUUGGAGCGUAUGGGAUUUGAUUGGAUAAUAACUCUUGUUUGAAUUGUUCUUGUUCGAUUUUCUCUUGUUUGACUUGUUCAACAUAUUCGUUAGGGGAGACGAAUCCCUUUUGCAAUAAUGCCCCACGAGUGCUGAAUGAUCUAGUGAUGAACCCACUACCAAUUCUUAUUCUACCAAGCAUAGCUAGUUACACAGUUCUCGUUUG